AUGAAUGAGGACGACGCGGCGCUCCUAGAGGGGCUCUUCAAGAGGUACUAUUUUGAGAACGUCGGCAGGAUUCACGUGCCGCACAAGAUGGGGCGGCGCGAGUUUGGAUACCAGAGGUUCAACGGCGGCAUGAACCGGCACCUGGCCAUGAGGGACGACGGCGCCCUGCGCGUCAUGCUGGUAUCGAACUCGCCGUCUGACGUCUACUGCUCCAACGCAUACUACUCCUUUCCGGACCUGCCGAUGAACGAGAAGGACUGGAAGGGGGCGGAUCUCAUCUUUGAUAUCGACGCAAAGGAUCUUAAUCUGGAGUGCAGGGCGGGCCACACGGUGUACCGGUGCAGUGACUGCAUGGCCGUAUCCCGGGACGCGUCUGCCUGCCGCGCCUGCGGCUCUGCAAGGCUCGACUCCAAGUCGGUUGCCUGCAGGGACUGCAUCGACGCGUCCAAGAAGGAGGUGCGAAAGCUGGAGGACAUACUUGUCCGUGACUUUGGCAUACCGGAGGGGAGCAUCCGGGUAUAUUUUUCCGGGAAUGAGGGGUUUCACGUCCACGCAUACGCCCCGCACUUUGAGCAGCUGAACUCCAGGGAACGGGGCGAGCUGGUGGACUAUAUACGGUUCAACGGCGCCGUCCCUGAAAGGUUUGGGAUGACAAGGCGGCAGCCAAAGAGGGAUCUCCAAAAGACGCUUCCGGAGCUUGGGGAUGCCGGAUGGGCAGGGCGCGUGGCCAAGGGGAUCUUUGUAAACAAGACGGGCCGCAAAAGGUUCAUCUCGCAGAUUGACGGCGAUGCGUACGACAGCUACCAGAGGAGCCUCAGGGAGAUCGCCGGCACGAUAGGGGCCAGGAUCGACCCGCAGGUCACCACGGACGUGCACAGAAUCUUCAGGAUGCCUGACUCCCUGAACGGCAAGAGCGGAAUGGCAAAGGUGCCGUGCGGGGAUCUUGACUCCUUUGAUCCCCACGUGGAUGCCUGCGUUCUGGACGACGGGCCGGUUACGGUCACGGCUAGGUGUCCUGUGGCCUUUAGGCUGAAGGGCCACGCGUUUGGACCGUAUGACAGCGAGCAGGUGACGGUUCCGGGCUAUGCUGCGGCAUACAUGCUCUGCAAGGGACUGGCCACAUCGUCCGGAGCAUGA